AUGAUAUACUGCACUCUUUGCGGAGUCCAUAUUACUGGACAGUCUGGCGAAACAUGGCUUCAGGAGUUUCGAGCAAUCUGGGUUGAGAGCGAUCUAGUGAACCAAGUCGCUGUUUCUGGUGUUGGUAAAUUGAGCAACAGCGUCAAUGAAUUUGCCGGAACUGCUCCAGAUGAUCCAAAGAAGCGCUACGAUGACGAUGCCGGACCAGGCACUACUAUCUAUGUGGCUUUGACACCUAGCAAACCAACCAUCUUCACACGUUCCCUAGACGAGGAUGUCUCGGCUUGGGGAUAUGGCUUUCAUGCAUCUUGCUGGAAUAUUUUCACAAAGUAUUCCACCCCAAACUUGGGUCACUUAUUUGCGGCAUGUGUGUCCAUGCCGACUGGUCAAGAGGCCUUCCUGAACUGGGGACAUGACUAUGAAGGAGCAAGCAUACUGGAAAAAGACUUCGAGGUGCCGACACGAGAUACUCGCUUCCCUGAUCCACGAACCAUACCCAAUCUCUUUCGAUCAGAUCCGUUUCACAUCCCCGCCCUAGCCAAUGCAAUCCAACAUGCUGCUCGUCUGCAAAACGACGUAUUCCUGAGCCGUAUCAACUUCAGUGAUGACGCCCUUACCAAAGACCCCCUUUUUCGCUUGUUUCCAGACAUUUUGCAGUUAAUCACUGAGUUACUAACAACCUCGGAAAUUCAUGCAGUAAGGUUGGCGUCUCCAGUCUUCGCCUCCCUCACAUUAUCCGAAAGAUUCUGGGCCUCACGAUUCCAACCAGGCCACGAGUUCGAGUACGUACCCGAGGUCAUAGACCAUCCGCCUGAAUCGUGGAGAGCCUUCUACUUAUCACUCCGAAUCUGGGCCUUGAAUGACCCUAGUAUGGCUAAUCGCAAGCGAAUUUGGGGCCUUGCGAAAACACUACACGGCUUACUGUCUCAGAUGGAGGACGCAACUUGCCAAGGGAGUCCCCUCCAGACUUGGUUCGAGACUUCUGCGGAUCCAGAUGAUACUCCAGAUUGCUGGCAUACAGCGGCAUGCGCCAGCGCCCAAUCGAAUGGUUCAUUUCCAAAUGGCAAUCGAAGUUUACGAGCUCGCACCCUGAGCUUCUCGCAAACACUAAAGGUACAACAUAUGUCUGUAUCAUUUGUGAAUCUAUCAGAGGGGGUAUUCGUUUCUGGCUUGGUCCUGAUUGAUCACAACCAUGAGCGCCAUGCUAUUGGGUACAUACACGAGGGCUGGGAGCUUGCCUUGCAUACAUCUGGUGUUAAAGCAAUAGCCCUCAUCCAUGAGGAUGGGACAGUAUCUAACUGGGCAGGCGAAGCAACUGGUGCUCCACGAUGGCGCUUAGCUGGAGCUUCAAGCCUUUCCGCAAUCAAAGCUGAGUUUGAUGCCAUAAAACUCGUCAAACUGGGCCGAAAGGGCUCAUUGGAUGAGCUCAGCUGGCUCAAUAACUGCCUCUGGUAUCCUCAAGUUCCACCAACAGGACUUCUUUACGAUUGGAACAAGGGCGAUAAGCCGCCAAGCAGAUUCAAACUCCCAAUUACAAGUGUCUUUUUUGGUGAAGAUGAUGAUAUGUAUUCGUCAACUCUCACUGAGAUUGUUAUUUGGAUCUUCGAUAUCUGCUAUAUCGCAGGCAUAGAAUUCCGCUUUGCCGAUGCCUCCCAUAACCGGCAUCUUGGAAACAUUGGUCCAUUUGACCAAGAGUUCCCAGCGCGACGAAACUUCUCGGACUCAAAUGAUUCCAAUGUGUCAUUUAUGAUAGAUGGAGUUGCCGGAGAACGACUAGAGAGUUUUGAGGUUCAGGAACGAGGAGCGUCUCUCGUGGGCAUGAAGAUGAACACUACCUUCGGUCGACAUGUUCAAACUCCAGAAUAUCCUUAUGGACUAAAAAAAGGUUGGGUGACUGUCCAACCCAAAGGAUCUAAGAUUGUUGGAAUGGCCAUACUCUAG